GCUAUACCCCAACCUACCCUCUCGUAAAUAUUAAAUAUCCUGCAAAAUAUGCAACGAAACAGCCAAAAUGGAAGCAGGAGAUGCUUCAAUUGUAGAAGAAUUGGACACCUUCAAAGAACUUGUCGAAGCAGAGCUCGUUCUAUAAAUCGAGAAUCGGGGAAUGAUACCAGAAAUUCACCUAGAUCAAUCUUCCGAAGCCCGUCACUAAGUCCAAUAAGAAAUAGUGACAGCAGCUAUGCAUCCCGAAGAAGUCAAUCACCCACACCGAGCCGGCUUUUUUGCAAUAAUCAGGAAGUAGAACAUCCUAGAGAGGCCGUCUUCAUAGCAACGCAG